AUGGCUUGUAAAGUGGAGGGCACCGGAGAGUGCGGGCCGGGACAAUGGGCUGAAAGCGAUCCGGGGAGCGGUGUCGGGUGGCGCCACGCCAUGCGCGUCCUGGCGUGGCGCUAUAAGGCGGCGCGGGCGGCGGCGCGGCCACUGCGUCGUCAGCGCCGCGCCGUAGACACGCGCCGCGCACGUCGCCCAUACCGCCCCCACUGCCUCCGCCGGAAUGCUGGCCCGCGAGAAGAGCGACUAUGCCCGCAAGGUGCACGAGAAGGCCGUCAUCGAAAAGGUUGC